AUGCGGAGCGCCGGGAGCUUCCAAACCCACGAAGGACCAGGCGCGUCGUCCGAAGCUCGCAAGGCCUCAGGGCAAGAGCCAAACGACAGUCAAAAGGCGCCUGCGCGCACUGGGGGCCGAGUGCGCAGGCGCAGGAGACCUUUGCGCAGGCGCGAGGCCUUCUGGGAAAGCUGGGUGCACCUUGCAGGCCGCCUGUUGAUCCAGAGCAGAAGGGGUCCGCCCACCAGCGAGAACGGGAAAGUGGCUGCGGUGCUCUUCGCCAGCUACCCCCAGACCAAGACCUACUUCCCGCACUUCGACCUGCACCCGGGCUCCGCGCACCUGCGCACGCACGGCGCCAAGGUGGUGGCCGCCCUGGGCGACGCCGUCAAGAGCAUCGACAACAUCUCGGGCGCCCUGGCCAAGCUGAGUGAGCUGCACGCCUACGUCCUGCGCGUGGACCCGGUCAACUUCAAGCUCCUGUCCCACUGUCUGCUGGUCACGGUGGCCUCGCAUUUCCCCGCCGACUUCACGGCCGACGCCCACACCGCGUGGGACAAGUUCCUGUCCAUCGUGUCCUGCAUCCUGACUGAGAAGUACCGCUAA